AAAAAGAAUUGUUGCUAUUGACGAAGACGAAGACUUCCUGUGCUUCGUACAUUUCAGUAAGUUUCAUCCAAAACCAUUCUGCUGUUUCUCUAAGCAUAUCCUAGAAAGCUUGAAGAUGACCAUCCAAAACCAGUUUAGCAGCGGCUUAGAAUCGGGGAAUUUUGUGGUGAACUCUGAUCCGGUACACCAGGCAUGGUGUGCGAUUGAGCAACAAAGACAGGUUAAUCCAAAUGCAGAGCCAUCCUUGUAUAAUGAAAUAAUCCAACCAGAAAAUCCAAUCGUCAUAGCUUUUGGCACUCCACCUGGCUCUCUUCAUGGACAAGAGGGCUUGGUUUCGUCAAAAGAUUUUGCUCACUUUGAAUUUUUGUGCAACAAAAGCAAUCCAGUUUUCUCCAUCAAUGAAGCAGCCAUCAAACUAUUUCAGUCGCAUUAUAAUGACCUCCUUCUCCUGAAAAAUAAGCUGGUAGAGAACAGCAAGAGCAAAACCCCACCAUUAAUAAUCAUCACUGGACAAUUUUUGGGAGGUAGUGUGGCUACACUCUUCACCUUAUGGUUGCUAGAAGGCCUCAACUUGUCGAAAACCAAACGCCCGCUUUGCAUUACUUUCGGUUCUCCACUUGUUGGUGAUGAACACCUUCAAAAAUGUGUGCUAGAAUUCUCAACUUGGAAGUCUUGCUUCUUGCAUAUAGUCUCCGAUCAAGAUCAUACACCGAAAAUCUUUAUGUCCCAAAAUACAACUGGUGCUUCUAAGCCGUUUGGAACAUUCUUGUUGUGCUCGGCUUCGGGUUGUGCUUGCUCUGAGGACCCGGAUUUCAUUUCAGAACAAUUUGUGACAACCAAUUCUCCCAGUGCUCAAACUCAAGAUCCUAAUUUGGGGUUUUCUUAUGGACAAAUUUUGGAGGAUCUCAAGCGGAAGGCAUUAUGUAAUAUUUUCAAGUCCAUUGAAGGGCAAAGCCAUCCGCUUCAAGCUAGCAUAAUCGCACAACUCCUAGCAAUUGGAGUAGUCUCACAGCAACAGUCCCAGGAUACUGACAAUCUGGUCAGGAAGAUGAAAAAACAUGAAACAAAGUUAUUAAUUCAGAAGAAGAAGAACUCAGAUUCUGACAAGAAAUUAAAUGACAUGAAAAUUCACAUGGCCUACUUGGAGUGGUACAAGAAGGACGCCAAACGUCAAAAUAUUGGAUACUAUGACUUGUACAGAAAGAUGGGCCAUCAAUCUGACAUUAAGGUUAACGAGUAUAAGAAGAAGCUCAUGAAUUACUGGGAGGACUCUGUCACAGAAGUAGAGAACAAGCCCCAGUUAGAAGGUGCUCACUUUCGGGUUCGUUGGCUUUAUGCAGGCAGAAACUACAGAGGAAUGGUUGAACCACUUCACAUUGCAGACUACUAUAAGGAUGGGGGCAAAAAUUACCAAACUGAUGCUGGGAAAAGACCUAAACAUUUUACUCUGUUGGAGGAAUGGCUUCAGGAGAAGCAGGAGCAAGAAAAGAAGAAGAAGCAGGAAACACAGAAACAAGAAGAAAAACCAGAAUCUGGCCCAAGCAAAUCGAAAAGAGAGAACGUGGGUUCUAGUUUGAAUGAUGAUUCUUGUUUCUGGGCGCGUGUUGAGGAAGCUCUCAUCUUGUUGGAGAAUGGAGGACUAACUACUGAUGACAAGAGGAAGUUGAAAGAGUUUGAGGACUACGUGUGGAAUGCUCUCAAGAAUUAUGCAGUGUCACCUGAGAUUUUCUUGAAGAAGAGCAGUUUUAUGAAAUGGUGGAAUGAGUAUAAUAAGGGAAUUGUUGAAAGCUCCUCAUUGCUCUUGGACUUCAUGAAAAAUGGCGGUCCCAGAGAGUACGAGGCAGGGAAGUUCACUUAGUUUAUGAUCCAAGUAUCCAACAAAUAAGGUUUAUGCCAUUGAAAAUUGUGUGUAAUUUGGUGCCCUUUUUCCUUCUUGUUGUAUUGCUCUCCGUGUUCAGUUUCCAGUCUUUUGGAAUUGGUGGUUCAAUAAAUUUGUUGUAAAAGACCCUGUUAAUUCCUGAUUUGCUGAC